AUGCUUGAUCAUCAACCAUGGAUUGAGAAAUACAGACCACGGACGCUCUCUGAAGUCGUCGGCAACCAACCAGUUGUCGAACGACUGCGAGCACUGGCUCUUAGCGGGAACGUGCCGCACUUGCUGCUCGUUGGUCCACCGGGCGUCGGCAAGACGACCGUAGCGCUUGCUUUGGCGCGGGAUACUCUGGGCGAUGCGCUCAUCCAGCAAGCAGUUUUAGAAUUGAACGCAUCAGAUGAACGAGGUAUUGACGUGGUGCGAAACAAGAUCAAAAUGUUUUGCCAACAGCACGUGACCUUGCCGCCGGGACGACAUAAGCUCAUCAUUCUCGACGAAGCGGACUCGAUGACGCCCGCAGCACAGCAAGCUCUACGCCGUAUCAUGGAACUCUACUCAAGUACCACACGAUUCGCGCUUGCCGCAAACGUCUCCAGCAAAAUCAUCGAACCAAUACAGAGUCGUUGUGCUGUCAUUCGGUUUCGUCGUCUUGGCGAUGAAGCGGUGCGCAGUCGCCUUGUCAGCGUUCUGGAAGAAGAGCACGUUCCGUACGAGCCGGACGGAAUCGAGACCAUUGUCUUCACGGCCGAUGGUGAUAUGAGGCAGGCCCUGAACAACGCCCAAGCGACGUGGUUUGGUUUCGGAGUCAUUACAACGGAGCAUGUGCUGCGUGUAUGUGACUCACCGUCGCCAGCACGGCUGCGUCGAUUUCUCGAAUUAUGUGAGACACAGAAAUUUGAGCAAGCAGUUGGCGAGAUUGAGGCGAUCUGGCGUAGUGGGUACGCAGCGUCGGACCUAGUUGCCACGCUGUUUCGGGUGGCUCGAACUCAGGCCAUGAUCACCGAAGGUGGAGAGCGUGGGCGAGACCUGCGGCUCGAGUUCCUGCGUGAGAUCGGUCUAACGCAUAUGCGGAUCACGGACGGCUUAUCAAGUCUGCUGCAACUCACUGCAUUGGCAUCGAAGCUGGUCCGUUGUGCUGAACGUAUCCACACAGCCCAAUAA